AAAAACAAAGAAAAAGAAAUAAAUGAAAGAAAAAAAUAUAAUAAAUUUCUCGUCGUAUAUAUAAUGUACGUACUUGACUUAUGUUAAUAGAUAUCGAUCCAUGACGCGGAACUAAGAAAACUCAAGAAUUUAAAUAUUCAUAUAUAUGUAUGACAGGCAUUAUUCGCACGAAUUUAUAUUUGUGUCGUUUAGCCAAGCGUACCGUUCAACAAACUACUUGCGAAUAGAAUUAUUCGAUUGGUCUUGUAACAGAAGAGAUCACUUUUAAAAAUAUAUACUACAGGAAACAUACGGAAAGUUAUCACACUGAAUUGUUAAUACGAGAAAGAUAUACACAAUAUCCGCAGAAGUGAUGAUAUAUAUAUAUAUAUAUAUAUAUAUAUAUAUAUAUAUAUAUGUAUGUAUUUCAGUUCCACUAAUUUUACUGUAUGUUGCUAUACCAUCGUAAUUUCUUAUAAUAUGUAUAAAUUAUAAAUCAAAUAUACGCGAUAUCGUGAAUAGUUGCACUUUGCUGCUUCUGCGUAUUUUUGUUCUAAUCUUGUGUAUGUUUUAUACGAAUCUGUAUCUAAACAUUUUUAUUAAUAAAACGAUCUAUACUAUUCACGGUUUAACAUUGCUUAAUAUCACUCUCUUACGUUAUAUUUCUUUACGAUUAAAUAAUACAAUCAAGUAUAUCAAGAUUUCUUAGAGUUGAGGAAAAAGGUAAUCGUUAUUUUGGAAAUUUUGGUAAAUUUUGAAAUUCGACUUUCGAACGAGUUUAGAGAGCACGUUUGUUUGCCGUGAAUUUGCCGUUCUUCCUAGUACGUAUCUGUCGGUAAUGCAAUAACGAUAAAUGUACGAACAUUUUAUUAAAAAGAGAAAUAAAUACAUGGGUGUGUGUGUGUGUGUGUGAACGUGUAUAUAUAUAUAUAUUAUUAUCAAAGCAGAUAGUUAAUCCACAAAGAUUGCUAAAGUCUACGAAGGUUGUUAAUCUUUGAAUGAUCUCAAGAUUAAACGAAAUAUGUAAGAAUAAAAAUUGGAAUAUGUAUAAAAGAAAUGUUUUAUCGACCGAUGAGAAUAAUUCGAUACGAGCGAUAUAUACUUAUUACAGGAACACGUAUAUUCUUGUAUCUUGGUAAAUCAAAGACUUCUUUUUCUAAACAAGUCUUUAAAAUCUAUUUUUAACCCCUAAGUGAGUACGUUCAUUUUUUAAUAAAAAAAGAAAAAAUAUAUUUACGUUUGUGUGCGUGUACGCCUGUACCUAUCAUAUAUGCGUACUCUCUCUUACUACGAAGGUAAAUGCAGAGUGAAGUAUGCUUUUUAGUAAUACGUAAAAGAUGAUAGGAUCGACAGCUGGUGCCAUCGAGCGAAUGGUUAAAAUAUUAACGAAACCCUUCAAAUCACUCGAGCGACUUAGCUGUCAUGACGAUAAAGUUUGUUUACAUGGCAAUCGAGUUCUCGAGUUCUCAAAUCGUAUCAUUACGACUGCAAUAGCACGUGCCGGUAAUCGAACUUGGUAAAUAACAGUUUUUACUUUCGUGGAUCGUGUUACUCCUGUCAUCAAAAAUUGGAAUAUAAACGAGACGAGAGAAGUUUUCCAUUCCUUUCUCUACAAACGAAGAAAUAACUUGCACGGACAAACGGAAAUUAUAAAAAGUUCAAUGAUUCCCGUUCAACUUUCAACCGCCAUUUCUAACAGCGAGUCGAUAAACUGGAAAAGAUAUAACGGAGAGGAGGAAGAAGAUGAAGAGAGGUAUAAAUACGAGGAAGAGGAGGAUUUUAUCGAAGUUGAAUAUCGACCUACGGCCGUCCCGAUUACACGUGAAAUUCUACAAAAAAUUCAACGAGAAUUGGGUUUAAUUCAAUUGUGUUGGCCCGAAAAGGAUAUUAGAAAAGAAGUUUACUUAUUAACUCUGCCGGAUAGUUAUUGUAGUGUCAAUGAUAAGGAAAGGUUAUUGCUUUUGUAUGCUGAAAACUUUCGAAGACAAUUUCAUGCUAAAUACAAGGAUAGAAAGCCUAUUUUAUUGGCGUGUGAAAAUGAAUGUGGCGUGAAGAAAUUUGUGUCUACGAGUAUAAGACGAAGUACACUGCCAUAUCCGGAACUGUACACGUGGCAGGGAUGCGCAAAAUUUGUUAGCGACUACAUAAGUUACGAGCCACUUGGCAAGGAGGAUCUCGUAUUGGUAAGAAAAACCUGAAAAACACUUUGACUGUUUUUUUUUUCUUUCUUUUUUUUUUGUUUCCUUUUUCUUGUCUUUUUUUUUUCUUUUUUUUUUCUUUUUUUUUUACUAAUAAAAAGCUACGUAAGCGCGAAUAACGAUUCCGCCGAGCGAUGCGAGAUCCCCUUCGUGCCUCUGGUCUCUUUUUUUUUCUCUUCUUUUUCUUUAACAAAUUUUUUUU